GAAUAACGCAUUGCAUACGUGCCAUAGGUGUGGUUUAUAACUAUGAUUCGUCCACCGUCAUUGUAAAGUUAAUUAUCUUAGCCCUGACACGUGAAAAUAUUAAAUUUGAAAUUUAAAAUUCUCAAGUUCACGGAACUUAUAGAUAUCGGGGGAAGGGAUGUUUAAUUCAUUACCCUGAAGACUCUGGAAGUGGCUCGAAAGUGUUACGUACAGUUACAGCACUCAAUUUAAAUUCACCAACUUCAGACCCAUUAAAGACUCGUUAACGUCGAGAAUAAAAUUACGUUUCAACAUAGCAUUUAUUGAUUCUGAACUUGUCCCUUUAUUCUCGGAACAAUUGACUUUGUAUUUCGAGUGAAAGUAUAUAGUCUAUCAGAGACCAAUUAAAAUUGCAGGUUACUUAACGGAAUAAAGUGAUAGAAAAUUUUCUGGUUUUAAUACAACCAUGAGAAGAGGACAACUAGAGCCUUUAGGUCAACGAUUUGGGCGACAUGAUCUCGAUCGAUUAGGCUAUUUUCACGACCCAAAUCCGGCACCGUUCGACAAAUAUGAAGGAGUUCCUGUCCGCUUUCGACAAGGCAUCGAGAAAGGACGUCAAAUGAUUCCAGGACCUCCUACCGAUUUAUUCGAAGAGCAAUUCGCGAGAAUUUUGUAUGGAGAGGCAUUAUACGAACCAUGGCGUUUCGAGGCUAAAGAACGGUUGGAACGCGAACAAGCAAAACUUGGAAGUCAUAUGUUACCACCUUCUCCUGCCAAAAAGCAUGCAACACCUGGUGAUUGGCACGGAUGUUUCGAGAAGGUCAGUUAUUUCAGUUCUGCUGUGAAGCAAGAAACCAAAAAAAAGGAACCGGAACUACCGAACCCGAAGAUCAAACCUAAUCCUCGUGGUGGGCCAGGAUAUACUAAUAUUUGUCUGAACCCUUUUCCACCAUAUGCCCAUAAUCUUUAUGACCCUGAGAGGACAGGUAAAAGAGAACGCGUGGGUCGAUUUUUGACCGCCAGUGCACCACUAGACUUUUUCCCACCAAACCCUUACCUAGACCAGUCUCCUGGACCCACGUACGUAAGACCUAAAGAAGUUGCAGCGAAAAUGAUAGGACCCGGUCAAUUUUACGUUCCAUUUCCUAAGAAACCUGGCGGGAAUUAUUCGGGUUGUUUCGACAAGUACCCUGCGUACCACAGUGAUCCUUACAACAAACGUACUAAGCAACAGAAGGUGGAAGAUAAAUUCGUCACAGGUGGACCAUCUCUACGAACAAAGUAUACUAACAGCAUUAUAAACCAGGUUACGGACGUGUCUUGUAACGCGACAAAUUACUUAAACUAUCGGGAAAAGGUUUACGCUUUGGAUAAGUAGGGUUUAUUAAAUUUGCGAUUAAAUUCACAACCUUCACUUUUUCUCUAUAAGACUAUCUAUCGAAAAAUAUGUAUAAUAGUUAAGUAGGUGCAAAAGACGAUCCUUUCAAAGCGUAUCAUUCUGUCACGCUCGAACUUACUAAUGAAAUUCUAAGGAACGUUCCAUGCUGUCCAGUCGACUCCCA